AUGUUCGCAACACUGAAUAUACUCGCCUUGCUCGCUAUGUAAUUUCUCGUUUGAUUAGCGAAUCCGCUGUCACACCCCAUCGCCUUAAAUCCCCUAACGCCGACCGGGCAAAUAAUCGGUGGAACGGACGCGAAGAUCGAGGAAGUGCCGCAUCAAGUGUCCCUCCAGAGUUCCGGUUUUGGAUUCUGCGGUGGUAGCAUCAUCUCGAAGGAAUGGGUGGUCACAGCUGGCCACUGCAUGGUUUACCCAGCCGAAUGGAUCACCGUACGGGCAGGAACAGCGACCAAGUCGUCUGGCGGAAGCCUUCACGAGGUGGCAGAGGUAAUCGUCCACGAGAAGUACGUAACGAAUUAUCACGGAGUGCCCGAGAACGACGUGGCCGUGAUGCGAAUGAAGACCCCCUUCAAAUUGGACAAGACACGCCGACCCGUCGAGCUGUUCAAGCAAGACGAAGAAUCUAUCGCGGGAAUUAGCGCAGUUAUCACCGGAUGGGGCGCAACCAGGGAAGGAGGUAAUACCGCCAGCGUUCUCAAGAAGGUCGACGUACCCAUCGUGUCCAAGAAGUCCUGCAACGACGCUUACAAGUCGUACGGAGGACUUCCCAAGGGACAAAUUUGCGCGGCAGUGCCCGAAGGAGGCAAAGACGCUUGCCAAGGAGAUUCCGGCGGUCCCUUGACCAUCGGAGGACGUCUCGCCGGACUCGUCUCGUGGGGUUACGGUUGCGCCAGAGCUGGAUACCCUGGCGUACACACCGAAGUCGCUGCUUUCAGCAAAUGGAUCACCUCUAAGACAGGAGUGAAAUUUACGAGUGGACUGGGUCUGCCUGACGUAGAUCGAAUCAUCGAUGGAGCGUUUAUCGAUAUCACGAACGUUUCGUAUAUGUUGUCGUACAUGGUAAACGGUGAUCAUGCUUGCGGCGGUGCUAUCGUCAACGAAGAAUGGGGAUUAACGGCUGCUCAUUGUGUAAUGCCGUUUCUCCAUAAUCCGGACUAUUCGAUAAGCGUACGUACCGGAUCUAAUAGACACGACAGCGGUGGGAUUGUUCAUAAUGUGACGACACUCGUUCCCCAUGAAAAAUACAGCGAGCUCAAUAACGAUUACGACAUCGCGGUAUUCAAGGUGCAUCCACCGUUCGUCUUUAACAACGUCACACAACCCGUCAACGUACCGGAAUCCGGUGAAAAUGUCGACACAAAUUGGGGCUUGAUCGCUGGCUGGGGUUACUUCAUCGACUUCGAUCCAAUAUUAUCGGAAGAUCUACAAUACGUAAUCCUGCCAAAAGUGAAUCGAGCGACGUGUGCGGAAGAUUACGAGGGCAGAUACGAUCUAACAGAGCAUCAAAUUUGUUACGGAUUUUCACAAGGAGGGAAAGACGCGUGCAAGGGUGAUUCCGGCGGUCCCUUGGUUAACAAUUUCACCGUUAUCGGUAUAACUUCGUGGGGCGCGGAUUGUGGUGAACAAAACUCGCCUGGUGUCUAUACCGACGUCAUUGCUCUAACAGAAUGGAUUAAGAAUAAAACUAUGUCGACCGUCGACUAG